CAUGGCGGCGCACAUUGAGGAGGUGUAAGCCAUGACAACAGGGUGAAUACAACGACUUUACGUGCACAAUAACAUUUUGAAUCUGAUAUAGAUAAUGGAUCACGAUAAAAGCCAUAUCGCUUAACGCAAGGAUUUGGAAAUUGAACACAGUGAGUAACUUCAAACCCUGUGAUCAAAGCUACUUUUUCACUGACGUUCAACAUGCAACAUCUAGCUUACAAAUGUCACUAGCUAGCUAAUGUGGCUGUCAUUUCAAGAAAUGAUAGCUCGAGUCGCGUUCUAGCUAGCUAGCUAUUUUUCUUAUUAACGGUAUUCGUGAUUCAUUUGUUGAAUAACUAACAAGCACAUAAAACUAUUAUAUUACACAAAUGCUAAUGUAUUUACCCUGUGAACUUGGAACAACGUGAUUUGCAUCGCCUGAAUCUUUCAAGGUGCAUGCAAGGCUCUCUAUGGUAAAGAUAUGGCAUUCACAAGGGUCAAUGUAACCAUAUAAACAUCUUAUCCUCUAUCUCUCUCUCCUACACACACUCUCAUAUGCACAGACACAACCUUGUGUAUGUCUCUUUCUCUCUCUUUCUCUCUAUAUAUCUCUCUCUCUGCUCUAGCUGGAGGAUAGUGUAUUUGUGGCAUUGCACUGAUGUCCCAUAGAGACUAUAGAGUAGCUAGGCUACAGCAGAGCAGAUGUCUCCAUCUAUGGUUUGAGUGGGUGUUUGAGGAGAAUGAAUGCUGCUGGCUGGUGAGCGAGCGACACUUGCUCUACAGUCUGCACACAAUCAUCAUGUCAAAUGUUUCAAUAUUAUUGACUUGGUCGUGCAUGAAAGAUACUGACAUAUACUGUUCAUGCAUGUAGUGCUUUUUUGUGAGUUGUUUGUCAUACUUGAAGUACUUAACAUUUAGCUGAAUUCUCAAAGAUUGAUAGCGUAUAUAAAACCAACUCCUUCAAGUUAUCCAUGUCAGUAGGCUUAAAGAUUCAUUGAGUGUGUCAAUGUGUCACCUUCUGUAUGGUUAUGGACGUGCUAACUACCACUAGGCUAUAGGCUCUUUAGAGAGGUUCCCAGGCAGUCCCUCCAUAGGCACACAUCAUCAGCUCAGGGAUAUAACCUAGCCUACUGUAUAGAGUGAAAACCACUUGCUGUCUUCUAUGGCAGUCUUGCAAUGAUGAUUUAGUGACCAGGAAAAUACCCUUCGCCUCUGUUUAUUUUUAUUUUUACUAGAGGCAAUUGCAAGGGGCAAUUGGAGGUUGACACGUCUGACCCACUUGUGUUACCAAGGGCCUUGACUUAUAUGCUGUGUGGGAUGGAACACUUCUUGGGAAAUAUUUUCAUGAUGUGUCAUGUCAGCAGCAUCUGUGUCACUCAAGUGUCUGUGUGAGUGUGUCUCUGUUGUCAAGGUUGCUAUGUUAUUAUAAUAAUAUAGGGUAAAUAAAUGUGAAUUCAAUCCCUUUUUGACAGCAUCCCUUUUGAUUUAAACAAAACUAUCCAAUUUGUAAGUCGCUCUGGAUAAGAGCGUCUGCUAAAUGACAAAAAUGUAAAUGUAAAUCUAUACUUGUUUGCCCGGCAUGGAAGAAGUGGAUAGAAAGUAGGGUUGGGCGGUAUCCAGAUUGUCAUAUCGUCCUUCUCUCACCCCAGGAUAUACGUUUACUUAUAGUACCAGUCAAAAGUUUGGACACACCUACUCAUUCCAGGGUUUUUCUUUAUUUUUUCAAUUUACUACAUUGUAGAAUAAUAGUGAACACAUCAAAACUAUGAAAUAACACAUGGAAUCAUAUAGUAACCAAAAAAAAUCAAAAUAUAAUUUAUAUUUGAGAUUCUUCAAAUAGCCACCCUUUGCCCUGAUGACAGCUUUGCACACUCUUGGCAUUCUCUCAACCAUGAGGUAGUCACCUGGAAUGCAUUUAAAUUAAAAGGUGUGCCUUCUUAAAAGUUAAUUUGUGGAAUUUCUUUCCUUCUUAAUGCGUUUGAGCCAAUCAGUUGUGUUGUGACAUGGGUUGGUAUACAGUGGAGAAAAAAAGUAUUUAGUCAGCCACCAAUUGUGCAAGUUCUCCCACUUAAAAAGAUGAGAGAGGCCUGUAAUGUUCAUCAUAGGUACACGUCAACGAUGACAGACAAAAUGAGGGGAAAAAAUCCAGAAAAUCACAUUGUAGGAUUUCUAAUGAAUUUAUUUGCAAAUGAUGGUGGAAAAUAAGUAUUUGGUCAAUAAAAAAAGUUUCUCAAUACUUUGUUAUAUACCCUUUGUUGGCAAUGACACAGGUCAAACGUUUUCUGUAAGUCUUCACAAGGUUUUCACACACUGUUGCUGGUAUUUUGGCCCAUUCCUCCAUGCAGAUCUCCUCUAGAGCAGUGAUGUUUUGGGGCUGUCGCUGGGCAACAGACUUUCAACUCCCUCCAAAGAUUUUCUAUGGGGUUGAGAUCUGGAGACUGGCUAGGCCACUCCAGGACCUUGAAAUGCUUCUUACGAAGCCACUCCUUCGUUGCCUGGGCGGUGUGUUUGGGAUCAUUGUCAUGCUGAAAGACCCAGCCACGUUUCAUCUUCAAUGCCCUUGCUGAUGGAAGGAGGUUUUCACUCAAAAUCUCACGAUACAUGGCCCCAUUCAUUCUUUCCUUUACACGGAUCAGUCGUCCGGGUCCCUUUGCAGAAAAACAGCCCCAAAGCAUGAUGUUUCCACCCCCAUGCUUCACAGUAGGUAUGGUGUUCUUUGGAUGCAACUCAGCAUUCUUUGUCCUCCAAACACGACGAGUUGAGUUUUUACCAAAAAGUUAUAUUUUGGUUUCAUCUGACCAUAUGACAUUCUCCCAAUCCUCUUCUGGAUCAUCCAAAUGCACUCUAGCAAACUUCAGACGGGCCUGGACAUGUACUGGCUUAAGCAGGGGGACACGUCUCGCACUGCAGGAUUUGAGUCCCUGGCGGCGUAGUGUGUUACUGAUGGUAGGCUUUGUUACUUUGGUCCCAGCUCUCUGCAGGUCAUUCACUAGGUCCCCCCGUGUGGUUCUGGGAUUUUUGCUCACCGUUCUUGUGAUCAUUUUGACCCCACGGGGUGAGAUCUUGCGUGGAGCCCCAGAUCGAGGGAGAUUAUCAGUGGUCUUGUAGGUCUUCCAUUUCCUAAUAAUUGCUCCCACAGUUGAUUUCUUCAAACCAAGCUGCUUACCUAUUGCAGAUUCAGUCUUCCCAGCCUGGUGCAGGGCUACAAUUUUGUUUCUGGUGUCCUUUGACAGCUCUUUGGUCUUGGCCAUAGUGGAGUUUGGAGUGUGACUGUUUGAGGUUGUGGACAGGUGUCUUUUAUACUGAUAACAAGUUCAAACAGGUGCCAUUAAUACAGGUAACGAGUGGAGGACAGAGGAGCCUCUUAAAGAAGAAGUUACAGGUCUGUGAGAGCCAGAAAUCUUGCUUGUUGUAGGUGACCAAAUACUUAUUUUCCACCAUAAUUUGCAAAUAAAUUCAUUAAAAAUCCUACAAUGUGGUUUUCUGGAUUUUUUUUCCUCAAUUUGUCUGUCAUAGUUGACGUGUACCUAUGAUGAAAAUUACAGGCCUCUCUCAUCUUUUUAAGUGGGAGAACUUGCAAAAUUGGUGGCUGACUAAAUACUUUUUCCCCCACUGUACAGAAGAUAGCCCUAUUUGGUAUAAGACCAAGUCCAUAUUAUGGCAAGAACAGCUCAAAUAAGCAAAGGGAAACAACAGUCCAUCAUUACUUUAAGACAUGAAGGUCAGUCAAUACGGAAAAUUAAAAGAACUUUGAAAGUUUCUUCAAGUGCAGUCGCAAAAACCAUCAAGCGCUGUGAUGAAACUGGCUCUCAUGAGGACCGCCACAGGAAAGGAAGACCCAGAGUUACUGCUGCAGAGGAUAAGUUCAUUAGAGUUACCAGCCUCAGACAUUGCAGCCCAAAUAAAUGCUUCACAGAGUUCAAGUCACAUAUAAAUCUCAACAUCAACUGUUCAGAGGGGACUGUGUGAAUCAGUCCUUAAUGGUCGAAUUACUGCAAAGAAACCACUACUAAAGGACACCAAUAAUAAGAAGAAACCUGCUUGAGCCAAGAAACACGAGCAAUGGACAUUAGACCGGUGGAAAGUUGUCCUUUGGUCUGGAGUCCAAAUUUGAGAUUUUUGGUUCCAACCGCCGUGUCUUUGUGAGAUGAUCUCCGCAUGUGUAGUUCCCACCGUAAAGCAUGGAGGAGGUGGUGUUAUGGUGUGGGGGUGCUUUGCUGGUGACACUGUCUUAGAAUUCAAGGCACACUUAACCAGCAUGGCUACUACAGCAUUCUGCAGCGAUACGCCAUCCCAUCUGGUUUGGGCUUAGUGGGACUAUCAUUUGUUUUUCAACAGGACAAUGACCCAACACACCUCCAGGCUGUGUAAGGGCUAUUUUACCAAGAAGGAGAGUGAUGGAGUGCUGCAUCAGUUGACCUGGCCUCCACAAUCCCCCGACCUCAACCCAAUUGGGAUGGUUUGGGAUGAGUCGGACCGCAGAGUGAAGGAAAAGCAACCAACAAGUGCUCAGCAUAUGUGGGAACUCCUUCAAGACUGUUGGAAAAGCAUUCCAGGUGAAGCUGGUUGAGAGAAUGCCAAGAGUGUGCAAAGCUGUCAUCAAGGCAAAGGGUGGCUAUUUGAAGUAUCUCAAAUAUAAAAUAUAUUUUGAUUUGUUUAACACUUUUUUAUUUACUACAUGAUUCCAUAUGUGUUAUUUCAUAGUUUUGAUGUCUUCACUAUUAUUCUACAAUGUAGAAAAUAGUAAAAAUAAAGAAAAACCCUUGAAUGAGUAGGUGUGUCCAAACUUUUGACUGGUACUGUAUAUUGGUAGGAGCUACCGAAUGUCAUUUUUGGUGACUUUGGACAUUUACAAGCGAAUGUGAAUGAGAGACAUUGUGCAAAUGAACAAAGCUGGCUCACCAGCAGCAUGUCUAUAACUAACCCUAUUUGUGUCUACACCCUGUGUGUGUGGAGUCUGGAGUCGCUAGGGCAACGGGCCUGCCUGCUCUGCUCAGAGGGGGAGGAGCAGACUGUAUAUACGGUAUACCGCCCAAGCCUAAUAGAAAUUGACUUUUAGGAUGUGAAUGCCAAAACAUUCAGGAGAUAAAGGUGCUCAAAAUUGACCCAUUUUGCAUACCCCGCCAUACCAUGAGACAUUCGUGUUUUCAUCACUGGAAAAGAUAAACGGUUGGGUUUAAUAUAAUUUAAAAGUUACAGACUGUGUUGUCAAACUAUUUUAUUAAUUCUUUGAAAAAAAAUGUUGAAUAAAAAUUGUCAUUUUUAAACUUUUAUUAUCAAAAAACACGUAAACUCAGAUUUAAAAAAAUGAGAAUUGCAUAUGUUGAAGCUUAGACCCUAUUUCACACCAUCUGAGGUUUUUGUGUUCUUCUUUUUAAUUUUAAUUUUAAUAUUUUUUGGGGGGGUAGAUCAGCUUUAAUAUUGCAGAUAGAUUGUAACUUCCAUCAAUGUAAUUGUCUGCAUCACUUCCAAUCUCCCAUAUAUAUAUUUUUUCUCGCAAAUAAAUAUAUAUAUAUUUUUGUGUUCUUCUUGCCAUCGGUUGAGAUACAACAUGCUCCAAUUUGUAAGUCCCUCUGGAUAAGAGCGUCUGCUAAAUGACGUAAAUGUAAAAUGUAAAAAUGUAGAAUGGACCUAUCCCUUCAGACCACUGCAAUUUGGCUGGUACACCAUUAACAUUUUAAAUAUAAUACAAAUGUUAACAUCUAAUUACUACCACAAAGAUGACUACCAGUCCACCCAAUGUCAAAUGUCAACUUAAAUGGUCAUGGCUAUUCUGUUAUCUAUAUUUCUAUGAUUUCAAUCGUUUUUUUUUUUUUUGUCAUUUAGCAGACGCUCUUAUCCAGAGCGACUUACAGUUAGUGAGUGCAUACAUUUUUUAAAUUUUUUAUAUUGGCCCCCCGUGGGAAACGAACUCACAACCCUAGCGUUGCAAGCACCAUGCUCUACCAACUGAGCUACAUGGGGCCCCAAUCCUAUGGAGGAUUGACAGUAUAAUAUAAAACAACUGAUAUUCCCAUUCAAGUCAACAGUCUCUGAUGUGUGGACCUUCAACCAUCUUUGUGGCACAUUUAUCAGCCAAAACAUGACACCCACCCCUGUAUUCAAGAGAAUGUUGUCUCAACCGAAGGCGGACACAACAAAAAACCUAAGAUGAUGUAAAAAAAAAAGCCCCUGUGUAGCUCUGUUGGUAGAGCAUGGCGCUUGCAAUGCCAGGGUUGUGGGUUCGAUUCCCAUGGGGGGCCAGUAUGAAAAAUGUAUGCACUCACUUAACUGUAAGUCGCUCUGGAUAAGAGCGUCUGCUAAAUGACUCAAAUGUUAAAUGUAAAUGUAAAAUAGGGUCUAAGCUACAACCCUGUUUGUAAGCUUUUAAAUGAUAUCAAUCUCGUUUAUCUUUUACAGUGAUGUAGACAGAUUUCUCAUGGUAUGGUGGGGUAUGCAAAAUGGGUCAUCUUUGAGCACCUUUAUCUCAUGAAUGUUUUGGCAUUCAGUUACAAAAAGUCACUUUCUGAGCACUUUUACAAUGGGCAAAUAUGUAUGGAAGAUUUUGUUUAAAUCAAAAGGAGUGCUGUUAAAAAGUGAUUGGGUUAUCUUGGUGACUGUGUGUGUGUGUGUGUGUGUGUGUGUGUGUGUGUGUGUGUGUGUGUGUGUGUGUGUGUGUGUGUGUGUGUGUGUGUGUGUGUGUGUGUGUGUGUGUGUGCGUACGAUGUGUAUGUGUGUGCCUUUUUUCAGUUUUGCCUUAUGUGAUCUGAUGCCUUCAGGUGUUAUUGAACAUCUAUUACUGUGUUAAUGAACAGGUAUUACUCACCAACUAUUGUUAACCAGAAUCAAACUCCAGACUGUUAUUUUCAUCCUGUUCCUAGCAGCCUAUUUUCCUUAAGAAUGGGGAUGAGCUGACUGAGGCUUUGGCUGCAGCUUCUGUGUACUCUGCUGUCUUUUCUUGUGAGCAGAGCCCUGACUAAUAGAACUGUGUCCUUGUGUUGCCUAGGUGACAGAGCCAUGCAGAUGGCAGCGUACAGAGUGGCUCUCUGCCCGCGUGGCAGUGGCCUGGUCAGGUUGGGGUUGGGCAGACCCAGGUCCAGGGCUGACCGUGCCCUCAUGGCCCCCCUGCCCCACCUCCUCUCCCCCUGCCCCAGAGCCGGGGCUCGGACCCUGUUCAGCGAGACAGGGGUCUGGGACAGGGACUAUAAAGCAGACACCAGACGCAGGGUGGAGCAGUGGUGGCACCCCCGUAUCAUGGAGCAGUGGCAGAGGGAUACGCUGGAGGAGGUGAGUUGGCAGAAAUUCUUACAUUCUCUCUUUGCUUUCUGUUGGCCCUUAGUACAGGCUUCUGGGAAAGAUUGUCAGAUGAAUAUUUUAAAACACCCCUGGCUUUAUUUCCAAUUAUAAUCUAGCCUAAUAUUAAACCAUACUCUGGUCAUUAAGCAUCCUUCAGAAUAACCAUAGUCAUCAUGUGGCAUUAGUACCUGGGCCUAUUGCUAUGUUUAUAUGUGUGCGUCUGUCUGGUUGAACCCUGUUUAGUGUUCCCUUUGGGAGGCCUUCUGGUUUGCGUAAACUCUAAAGCAUUCACUAAAUCAUUCACUUACUGUCUAAUAUUCUUGACUCAUAGGCGUAAUAUGCUUAGUAAUGAAGUAACCUAUUCACAGUCUCCUAUUUGUCCGUCUCUGUUUUUGAUGACUGUUGUCACAACCAUCAACAGUCCUCCAAGGCAAAUAGCACUGUAGAUGACCCUGACAUCCAACCUUGUGUCACGACAUUGUUACAAACCCACAAUGCAUCUUGAUUCAGCCCAGGCUUUCCACACAAAAGUCUUCAGUCCAUCAAUGAGCUCCUUCAAGAAAAUGUGUUUGUUGUCUUCCCCAGAGUUCCCGUAGGAAGAAGUUUUAUGUCCUGUCUAUGUUCCCGUACCCCUCCGGCCGUCUCCACAUGGGCCAUGUACGGGUCUAUACCAUCAGUGAUACCAUCGGACACUUCCAGAGGAUGAGGGGCCACCAGGUAAUAAUAACAUAUACCAUUUAGCAGACAGUUUUAUCCAAAGCGACUGGCCAUGAUAGUAGCUGGAGGUUCAACUGUGAACAUUUGCAUUGUGAAAAGCUAAGCUGCCCAUACUGGUAACUUUUAUAAUUUAUUAAUCUCCUUUCCACCCCUCUAUGCAUGUCUGUCUCUAUGGCUUUGUCUCUCUCUCUCUCCCUCUACAUGCACACAAACGGUACUGUCACGACUCCAGGUUAGUCACGUAGAAGCACACAGCUGUGCAGCACUUUGUGUGCAGUCCUCAAGGCCACCGUACAUUCUCACUCUCUUUACAUCUUGUCUGGAGUGGAAGCCCUGAUCCAUCAUCAUUACGGCCUUGAUGUUCUGUCUAGUCUGAAUCACAGUUGGCAUCUGUUCUGCAGGAGGCGUGUGUGGAGGCUGUUUAAACUAAGAGAGAUGCGGCUCUUCCUUUGCCUUCUCACUCAGCUCUUAAAGGUGCAAUCUGAGAUCUGGGAAUGAGUUCAAUUGUCAUUUCAUAGGACAUUUCCCCAGCCUCAACUUUCAGUUGUAUACAAAAACAAGUGGUGGGGCUGCCAUUUUGCUGAAAAAGGAAUCGCAAAUUGUAGCUUUAAGAGUGCUCCCAUUGUCCCUGGCCCAACGCUACACUGCACUUACCUAAGUGCUCUUAGCCACAAGACCACUUUUCAAUGGGACUACCUACGCAUGGCACAUUACCAGACAUGAUUACGGCAUAAAAAGGUUUAAUGUCAAAACAAUUACUCUUUAAGUUGGUGAGGCCCUCUAAGACAUCUGCCUUGAAGUGUUUCUGCAGGGGUAAGACAGGGAGGGAAGCAAGCUCCCCCUAUCCAUUCUAAUGUGUUGACGACUCUCCUCCUCAUAGAAAAGCGUGAGAGAUGUGUGUUGGUGUUUAGGAGAUAUAUGAUGAUCAGACCGUUGGUGUCCUAUAAACCAGUGGUGACAAAUGACUCCCCAGAGACACCAUUUAGGACCAGGGACUGUCUGUCACUAUGUGUCCCCUAAUGCAGCCAGUCACCCAUAGCUUGACAUGGUUACUAAUUCAUUCACUGUGACCCUCACUUAUUUUUGUCACUCUUUCACUCUCUUCUUCGCUCUCUCUUACUCCCCCUCCCCCCCUCUCUGUUCCCCCUCUCUUACUCUCUCUCCCUCCAUCUGUAUACUGUUCUAAACCAUUACUCCAUCCAUUCUUCUCUUUGUCAUGAUAACUCCCUCCCACUCAGAGAGAGAUGGAUAGAGGUUUGAGAGAGACAGGUUCAGGACAAGCAGAGAGGGGACAGAGGAGGAGUUGAGUAAUUAUGAGCACUAUCGCUUGGGUCGUGUUCAUUUUAUUAGGCACCUAACGGAAGAAAACAGAUUGAAGCAGGGAGGGACUGGUCCAAUAAGAAAUGUUCAUUUUCCGUUGCGUGCCCUAAUGAACACAACCCAGAUGUUUCAUCCAUCACACUUGAGUCAAUAAGCCCUCAGUGUUUAGCAAUCCCUAAACAACCUGCUGUAUGCCAUGCAGCUGUGACUGUGACUGAAUAUAUCUGCAGGUGUGUUUGUUGUGUGUUUGCUGCUCAAAGCUUUUCCCUGCUGGUUGUUUACUCAGCAAAUACCCUCAUCCACUCACAGGGUCACAGUGUAGGCUACAUUUCUGUCUUCAUAUGGACUUUCUUUUUCUUAGCAGGUAGGCUGCAUCUGGGCUACUAGCAGUAAGGCUGUAAUGCUGUCUUCCUAACCACUAUUAUUUUAGUUGUUGUAUGGACCAGCCACUGUUUCAGUGGAUUGACAGCUACCCGGUACUGCCCAAGGGGAUAUUUUUCUGUCAACAUCUGUCAGAGAGAAAGAGAAUCCAUUUACUGUGUCCACACACACGUGUGCACACACACACACACACCAGAGAGAGAACAAGUUGUCUUCAACUAGUUCAUUCGUUCAAGGAGAUUACACUUGUAGAGACAAAUUCCCUUCCCUGUAGCCUAGUUGUGGUGUGAUGUUUAGUAAAAUCCCUUCCCUGUAGCCUAGUUGUGGUGUGAUGUUUAGUAAAAUCCCUUCCCUGUAGCCUAGUUUUGGUGUGAUGUUUAGUAAAAUCCCUUCCCUGUAGCCUAGUUUUGGUGUGAUGUUUAGUAAAAUCCCUUCCCUGUAGCCUAGUUUUGGUGUGAUGUUUAGUAAAACCCCUUCCCUGUAGCCUAGUUUUGGUGUGAUGUUUAGUAAAAUCCCUUCCCUGUAGCCUAGUUUUGGUGUGAUGUUUAGUAAAAUCCCUUCCCUGUAGCCUAGUUGUGGUGUGAUGUUUAGUCAAAUCCCUUCCCUGUAGCCUAGUUGUGGUGUGAUGUUUAGUGGUUAGACUGUCUGUGGCUCUGUUCUGCUUUCAGCCUGCAACUCGUCUCUUCACAGAUGGAACCAGAGCUUUUGGGAUUUGUGUGUGGGUGGACACAUACACUUUAGCAUAGCCGUGCCAAUGUGUUGCAUGCCCAAAAUCAGCCCCCUCCCCUGGGACUCCUGUCUUUCAGGCUGUCCUGCUGGUCUGGAUGGACAAGUCACUCCCUAAAAUACAUCUAAGUCCUCCACUCUGUGGACAGGUUGCUCUCUUAGCUCCUCCUCUAUCCAUAGGUUAAAUGUAGGCAAUACAGUCGUAGUGGGGGAGUUAGAGACUUGACUUUGGCCCUGGGGUUGUUGUGGAGCAUCGACUGUUAAAAAGGGAUGAUGGUUUGCCUCUGACAUAGUCUCUUUGGGCUGAUGUAACUUUGAGAAAUGAACCGAGGCAGACAGCCUGUCCUGUCCGUCAGGAGUUCCUCUCUUCUCUACAACAGGUCUGCUAAAGGUCCUCCUCACUACAUUAGAUAAUGGGCACAUUUAAACCGAAAAAACUGUGUAUUAACACGGCAAGCACAUCUAUUUUAAUGAUCGUAGGGACGUAUUUAUAUUUAUAGAUCUACAGGUACUCAUUUCUCUGGUCAAUGUCUGUAUAUUUUACCUUGGCACGCAGGUGCUCACUUAGACUAAUAACAUCUAGCACUCAGCUUUACAAAUUAGACCCAGGCAGUUACCAAGGAUACCGAUUCGUCUGACUCGUUAGUCGAUGCACACUCCUCUCCUGUCCCCCUCUCUCUCUCUCUCUCUCUGCUUCUCUUCCAUUCUCCUCUCUUCUCCACUCCUCUCCUCUCCUGUCCCCCCCCCUCUCUCUCUCUCUCCCUCUCUCUCUCUCUCUCUCUCUGCUUCUCUUCCAUUCUCCUCUCUUCUCCACUCCUCUCCCUUUAUUGCCUCUCCUCCAUUUUCUUUCUCUUCAGUAAGUGUAUGGGUGGAAGAAAAGCGAAGGAUCAAGAAGGAAUAGAGAAGGGUGGAGAAGGGGUUAUCAAUUCUUAAUAGUAUUGUGAGAAGCGGAGGGAAGGAGGGAAAUAAGUGAGAAAACACAUUAUGAGGAGGAGAGGGGUGAAAACAAGUGUCAGAGACCGGGAGAAUAGAAAAGAGGGUUGGGGGGGGGGGGGGGGGGGGGGGGGGGACUGACUGACUGACUGACUGCAAGCAAGCAAGCAAAAGCUGGGAGCCUGUGUAAACGUCUGAUCACAUCGGUCAGUGCUGAAAAGUACAAUGCCAUACAACACAACAUCCCCAUACUGAAUGUGAAUGAAAUAUAGAUGAUGAUGAUCCAAACAGAGAGGCCUUGAUUCCUAUUACCAUCCUCCAUUUAACACAUCCAAUCAGACCAACGCCAGGAUGUUCCCUCCCAUUCUAAUGUUUAACUCCCAUUAGGCCUUUAUGGGCCUGUGCACAGCCACACAUGCAUUAGAUGUUUAUAUGUUCCUUCACCUCUCUGCCUUACACUCUGGUUGUGUUUAACAGCUUGUACGUACAGUACAUGCCUUCUGGCAUAGAACAGAGAUUAUGGAUAAUGAGAUGGGAUAGGUAAACACUGUUGUGCAUGUUUAAAGAUGCAUGCAAGACCGUAUUACAGUCAAAUGCUCUUGUAUAGCCUUCGGGCCUUGUAGUUGAUGUUCUUUACUAGAGAUAAUAAUAAUAUUAUGAUAAUAUGCCGUUUAGCAGACGCUUUUAUCCAAAGCGACUUACAGUCAUGUGUGCAUACAUUUUUACGUAUGGGUGGUCCCGGGGAUCGAACCCACUACCCUGGCGUUACAAGCGCCAUGCUCUACCAAUUGAGCUACAGGGGAGUGCUUGAGCACUCUCAAACAGGCCUUUGUUAAAGGGAUAUACUGAAAAGUCAGGUGUGAUAUGUUCACGUAUGGUCUCUGUGCCGGUUUGUUGUGGCUGUAUUAGUAAUUGCCUUGACUAAAAGGGGACAAAUAAAGGAUUUUACAUUGAAUUGAACUAUUAUCUUGGGGGCUGUGUGUAACAGGUGUAAAAUCCAAUGGGCUGGGAAGAACAGCCAGGUGUGAUAUGUAACUGAUUUCUGUGUAACUGUGUUUUUAGGUGCUAAACCCAAUGGGCUGGGAUGCUUUUGGACUCCCAGCAGAGAAUGCUGCCAUCGAGAGAGGCCUUGACCCAGAGGAAUGGACUAAGAGGUACAAUACAAGAUAUGACACAAACAUCUCUCUCUCUCUCUCUCUCUCUCUCUCUCUCUCUCUCUCUCUCUCUCUCUCUCUCUCGCUCUCUCGCUCUCUCGCUCUCUCGCUCUCUCGCUCUCUCGCUCUCUCUCUCUCUCUCUCUCUCUCUCUCUCACACACACACACACACACAUUCCCCCUAACGUCCUCCUCUCCCUUGUCUGUCUCCGUCCCCAGUAAUAUCCAGUCCAUGCGGGAGCAGCUCGACAGCCUAGGGCUCUGCUUUAAUUGGGACAAGGUGAGUAAUGAGAGGAGCUGAGCACCACCUCCAACCUUUUAGUGGGAGGCUCUGUGUGGGUGGAUUACUCUCUUUUCUCUCGUGCAUGUGUGAAUGAAUCAUCUUGUGGAUCCCUCUCCUUCCCUCUCCUCUGACCAGGAGGUGACCACCUGCCUGCCAGACUACUACAGGUGGACCCAGUGGCUGUUCGUCAAGCUCUUCAAGGCAGGACUGGCCUAUCAGAAAGAGGUAUGUUCGCUGGCCUUGAAUCUGUCCAAUCCUUGUCAUUGGCUGUGUCUCAAUAGUCUAAAGUAGGUUUCCUCUCUUCAUCUCCUUUCCAUCUCUGCUGACGAGGAGAUGACGACACUUUAGACUAAUGUGAUGCAGUCAUGCCCCUGGUAUUGUCAUGGGCCUGUGUAGAGCUCCAGGGAGGCAGGAUGAGGGAGACACACCCCAGGAGGAUGACUCAGGCAGGCCACAGAGGCUCACAGUGUCUUCAGUAACUAUGGAGCCUCCUGUGGCUUUGUGAGGAAAACAUAUUUUACCUAGUAGAUUACAGACCUUCGGAAAAUCUGUGCUGUAGUGGAGGGGUCAUGUAGUUUAAUCAGAUACAAGCUAUUUUGGCACUCAUAUUAGGAAACAUCUGUCUCUUUCUUUGAUUGGAUCAGCUUCUGUGAUGUUGGCUUAUGUCUGUCUUUGUUUCUGUGUGUAGUUGUAGUAAUUGGCAUGUGUGUGUGUGUUUGUUCCAGGCGGUGGUUAACUGGGACCCCGUGGACCAGACGGUGUUGGCUGAUGAGCAGGUGGAUGAGAGCGGGCGCUCCUGGAGGUCUGGAGCUCUGGUGGAGCAGAAACUACUCAGGCAGUGGUUCAUUAAGACCACCAACUAUGCCAAGGUAGGUGUGUGUGUGUGUGUGUGUGUGUGUGUCUCGUGCACAUUGUGGGUGUGUUGGUAAUAAGCCCGUCAGCAGCAAUAAGGGUCAAAGGGCGUCCUAUCGCAUCAAUCUCGCCACCUGCGCCUUUUGGCAUAAUCUGAUUGGCUGGCUACAUUAGAGGCUGUGUGAGAAUGGAAGGGCGGGAGACCCCUCUGAUGUCAAUCACUGCAGACACCAUGGCAGCAGCUUUAGCCCUGGCUAUGGAACAAACCUGGGCUCAAGUAGGAUUUGUUUUCUUUCAAAUACUUUAGCUGUGAUUGAGUGAUCUUACCUGGCACAAUGGAACCAAUGGACUAGUUCCAAACUGCAAAGCCCACCCAUCUGGAAUUUCAGACGGUGUCAAUCAAAUGCUCAGAGUAUUUGAAAAAAUAUAUAUACUACCUGAACCCAGCCCUGGCUGUGUAAUCAGCAGCCUGCUGAGAAUGUCAUUCCCAGGCUGGCCUCACCGGUCCUGGCCAGUCUGACUGAUGAGAAACCUCCACGUCUCCAGCAGCAGGGUCUCGUAAUCACUACCAGCCACUACCAGCCACUACCAGCUACACUCUGGGUUGAAAUUACCCUCUCUGGAGAUUUAUUCCACUCAUGGGUUGGGCAGCGCACUCACAGACAUAUAUACACACACACACACACACACACAGGCAGCUUGAACCUGGGCACAUGGAGCGAGAGUAACUGGAGGUGUGCUGAUUCAAACCUCUCCAGAUGAGGAAUGGUUGGUACUGAGAGGCUCUGAGUGGAAGCCUUCCAAACCUGUCUGAUUGGUGGGCCAGAAGGUCAGGUUCCCUAUGCUGAUAGAUUCAUGCUGUUAGAGCCUUGAUUGAUAAGGGUUGAUUGGUGUGUGCGUGCUGGUACCAUUUCCAGUUCCCCCACUUCCCCUGGCCCCUGGUAAAGACAUACACUGGUCACUUACACAUUAACCAGCAGGCUUCAGCUGUAUGACCCAGUAACUGCACUUUAUCUCUGAGAUUCACUCACACACACACACACACACACACACACACCACACACAUACACACACACAUGAUGAACACAAUUAAUAAUUACAUUGACAAUAGAUGUUUUCUAUUUCAUGCAUAAUCACACACUCAUGGACUCACUCUUUUGAACACAUCACACUGUAGUGUCAUGUAAAUCAACACAGUGGCAUUCACUUCAAUUACCAGCCUCACACAGACUUUACACGUACAGUACAUUCAUCAUUUUACACAGGCAUACAAACAUAUACACUCUAUUAAGCUUUGCUAGAUUGUUCCGUAGGCAGCCUCAGAUAUAUUCACAUGCAUGUGUUAGGGUGAUAAAAUAUUUCAUGUAUGAACGCAUGUAGGAGAGAUGCUCCAAAAGAUGCAGGGAAACCCACACACACACACACACACACACACAGACAUUGACACACACACUAAAAAACCUUAGCCACCCUCACUUUAUUGAUAUAGCAUUUUAUAGCUUUGCAAGGUUGCCAUGGAUACCCUUGGAAUUGGCCCAGCCAUAGGCCUACAUCUCUGGUUAAACCCUCAGGUUUAUGUGGCUCCAUUGAUGUUGCUUCUUUUCUGGAGACAGACACAAUUUAGUUUAGUUUUUUUUUCUCUUCAUCUCAUGAUUUGAGCAGAGUACCACCUCACCUCAGUUCCCCUCAGCAGGUUUGUUUUUGGUGACAAUCCCGUGACACCUCGAGGCAGGGUGUCUCAGACACCACAGCCUGCUGGCAGCCAGGCUGUACGCUCACACUGGCAUUGUUGCUAGGCUGCUUGACUGACACAAAGACACCAGCAUUUAUGGCAAGACAUCUCUUUCUCACUCUCUCAGAUUCUGUCUCUCUCUCUCCCUCUCUCCUCUCUCUCUCUCUCUCUCUCUCUCUCCAUCCAUGCUUUCGAAACAGUGAAAUAACAGUGAUACACACUGCAAUUACAAUCAUCCUUAUCUCCGUUGUUAGUAUUGGUUGUAUUGAUGUUAUUAGUGUUAUUACAGUGUGUUGGAUGGAGAUCUCAGAGGGUGGCUAGGUAAUGGGUUGUGACAGUGGGGGAGAGGGAUAUCAAAUUGGUGCUGUUGCCUUUUUAUAUUCUCCAUUCAGACAGAAGAGGAACCCAGCUGGGGCUUUCUGGCCUGCCCCUUGUUGUAAUGCAUAGCUUCCUUUUAGAAGUAUGUGUCUGUGUGUCUCUCUCUCUUUCUCUCUUUCUCUCUCUACACCUGUCUUUCUCUCUUUCUCUCUCUACAUCUGUCUUUCUCUCUUUCUCUCUCUACUCCUCUCUCUCUCUCUUUCUCUCUCUACAUCUGUCUCUCUCUCUCUCUCUCUACAUCUGUCUCUGUCUCUCUCUCUCUCUCUCUACAUCUGUCUCUGUCUCUCUCUCUCUCUACAUCUGUCUCUGUCUCUCUCUCUCGCUCGCUCUCUCUCUCUACAUCUGUCUCUCUCUCUCUCUCGUUAUGAAACUGUUGUUGAGAAUGAGUGAGUGGGUCAUGAGCGAUUGCUUUGUGAUAAAUGGAAAAGUAGGCCGGGUGGAGGUCAGGAUUUCUAAAAUCCCUCUGACUGCAUAAUGUGAAAUGAGGCAGACUGUGGUAUUGUGCCAGGAUAUUGGCUGAGCUUUGGAAGAGCCACUCAGGGUACAGAGGAAGAGUCAAUGAUGUGCUGAUCUGACCUUGAACCCAGUGAGUGUUCUCCAAACCUAUACAGUAUCUUCAUCUGACAUUACAAUAUGAUUUAACAUCUUAUGUCAGGAUUUUUUAUUUAUUAUGUAUUUCUCUCUCUCCCAGCCCCUGCUGGACGCCCUAGCAGAGCUGCCAGAAUGGUACGGGGUCAAGGCCAUGCAGGCCAACUGGAUUGGAGACUGCACCGGCUGCUACUUCGACUUCCACCUCAAGGUUAGACUCACAUCUCUCAUCCGUUCCCUCUUGUCAGUCAUCCUGCUUUAGUUUAGACUACUUAGUCUUCCAGGUAUAAACAUUUGAAUGUAUUCUAGUAUUAUCACUAGGAUUAUCACUAGGAUUAGCACUGAGAUUCUCACCUGCUAAUAGGCUACAUCAUUCUCAUUCAGCAAGCAGCACGCGUCGUCCCUCUGCAAGCAGCAAUUUACUCAAACAUAGUGACUGUGUGGCUGUGUGUUUAUUUGCAUUGAAAUAUCUAAAUGCACUUUUAGAAUGUUGAAAGAGUAUUGACAUUCUAAAAUGGUUUUGCUUAAAGCCUACUGUGAACUCCAUUUUAUUAUUAUUAUUAUAGCUCCAGUCACCCCAGUCAUCGAACUCUCCUUGCAACAGAUGGAGGAAAUGUAUUAGGCCAGCUAGUUGAUGCCUUCCUUCCUUAUUAAAAUCGUUAUCACAUUUCUGGAAGGGGGGGGGUUAUGACUUUCUGUGUGUGCGUGUGUGUGUGUGCGCGCAAGUGUGUGAAUCUGUGUGUGUGUGUGUGUGUGUAGGAGGGGGGUUCUCAUAAAUCAGUCAGAACCUGGCAGAGUGGGUAAUUAAAAGUAGUGCCAGCGGUCGUUUUGUAGAUGGGAAGCAGGAACCAGUCCCAUUACAUCUUUAACAUUGUCAACGGUGUUCUGUACUAAAUGACUCCCAGAGUAGCUGCUUAAGAUCUGUAUUAUGAUUCUGUAUUUUUGGUGACAAUUUAAUGGGAUUUCUGUCAGGCGAUAGCAUGUUAACGCAUUAACGUUAAAAACAUGAUCAAUUGCUAAAUAUUGCACACACACCUCACUACGUUUUUUUCUUUUUUUCUUACCAACUAGUGUUAUGUUUCGUUUUUUAACUGUGUCCUGCUUUACCCUGCUCAACAACAAAUGUAACAAAGUUACUGUCCUGUCAUGUAUUUAUCCAUAAACUGUGUGUGUGUCUGUCUAUCCUUCCCUCCAUGCAGGUGAAUGGGGAGGAGACGGGGGAGACUCUAGCAGGCUACACCUCCAGCCCAGAGGCAGUGUUUGGGGCUGCCUACCUGUCCAUCCUCCCCUCCCACAGAUUGCUCCAUGGUACCAGCCCAGUCCGCUCAGCCCUGGAGAGAGCCCUGCAGACAGGCAGAGGUAGGAAGGAACCACUGUCCAGACCUGGUAGUCUGUGGUCAUUUUUUAAGUGGCGCUUUUAUCCAAAGUGUCUUACAGUAAAUAUGUAUUGUAUGUGGCCCAUUGUAACUCUGUCAGAGCAAUGCCACGUUUUUGAUCAAGUAUACUGAACAAAAAUAUUAACGCAAAAUGCAACAAUUUCAAUGAUUUUACUGAGUUACAAUUCAUAUAAGGAAAUCAGUCAAUUCAUUAGGCCCUAAUCUAUGGAUUUCACAUGACUGGGAAUACAGAUAUGCAUCUGUUGGUCACAGAUGCCUUAAAAUAAAUGGGCCUCACAAUGAGCCUCAGGAUCUCGUCAAUGUAUUUCUGUGCAUUCAAAUUGCCAUCGAUAAAAUGCAAUUGUGUUCGUUGUCCAUAGCUUAUGCCUGCCCAUACCAUAACCCCACCAGUACCAUGGGGCACUCUGUUCACAAUGUUGACAUCAGCAAACCGCUCGCCCACAGGACGCCAUACACGUGGUCUGCGGUUGUGAGGCCAGUUGGAUAUACUGCCAAAUUCUCUAAAACAACGUUUGAGGUGGCUUAUGGUAGAGAAAUUAUCAUUAAAUUCUCUGGCAACAGCUCUGGUGGACAUCCCUGCAGUCAGCAUGCCAAUUGCACACCCUCAAAACUUGAGACAUCUGUGGCAUUGUGUUGUGUGACAAAACUGCACAUUUUAGAGUGGCCUUUUAUUGUCCCCAGCAAAAGAUGUACCUAUGUAAUGAUCAUGACGUUUAAUCAGCUUCUUGAUAUGCCACACCUGUCAGGUGGAUGGAUUAUCUUGGCAAAGUAGAAAUGCUCACUAAUCGGGAUGUAAACAAAUUUGUGCACAACAUUUGAGAGAAAUAAGCUUUUUGUGUGGAUGGAACAUUUCUGGGAUCUUUUAUUUCAGCCCAUGAAACAUAGGACCAACACUUUACAUGUUGCGUUUAGAUUUUUGUUCAGUGUAGUAUAGAGAAUUACUGGCUGUUAGUAGUUGAUUUUGGAUGUUGAUGUUGAGUUUAGUGCUUGCUCACGCUAAGCUGAAACACAGUGCAACACAGGUACAUAAAUUUGGUUUUUCUGGAGGUUAUGUCCAGAGGUAUUGGUGUAGAUGUGUGUGAGCAGCACUUAUCGUGUGUGUGUGUGUGUGUGUGUAGAGAGACAGUUGUGCAUGGGUAUACCCUCCAGGAUAUGUUAUGUGUUUCUCUGCUGCUCUUCUCCCGGUGCCUCUGUGUGUUUUACUUGGGAUUCCCCUGAAUCUCUCUCUUUAUCUUUAUCGAACUUUCUCGCUCUCUCUUUCUCCCUCUCUCUCUCUCUCUCUCUCUGUCUCGCUCGAUCUAUGCUCUCUCUUUCUCUAUCCUCUCUCUCUCUUUUUCGCUAUCUCUCUCUGUCUCUCUCUCUGUGUCACUCUGUCUCUAUCUGUCCCCUUCCCUCUCUUUCUCUCUAUCCUCUCUCUCUUUUUUGCUGUCUCUCUCUGUCUCUCUCUCUCUGUCACGCUGUCUGUCUCUAUCUAUCCCUCUCUCUCUUUAUCUCUUCUCUCUCUGAUUGUUGAUAAUGAGGCACCAGGGGAGAAGCUCUCCCUCGCUGACUCCUGAACUCUGACCUUUAACCCCCAGACUGCCUGACAGAGGUCACCGCCCUCAACCUAUUUACCGGUCAGGAACUUCCCCUGGUCAUCUCCAGCAAGCAGGAGUUUGAGGGUCAUCUAGACACUGUCAUAGGUACGUGGAUGUGUGUGUGGGUUUGAACGUCCACAUGGCUUGCACAUACAGUAUGUACUCACUGUGUAUUAUUGACCUUUGAGCUUUUGUUCUUGUGCUUUUAUUAGUCUCUCUAUUUCAUGAAUCACGUUCAGCCUGUCCCUGUGUCCUGUACAUGUUUGUAGAUGUCACUGUGCCAGUGUGUCCUUGAGCCUGCAGUGUGUCUCUGUCAUACUCUGGGCGUUCGGCUGCUGUUGUACAAUGAUGUAACCUUAACUCUCUAGAAGGAGUUCCCUGCUUGGUGCUUUGGGUGUUUGUCCACGAGGAGGCAAUACCCAUGAAGAACUAGCCAUAUCCCAGCAACCCGCAGCCCCCCAUUUGUAGGCCCGUUUGUAGGCCCGUGGACCAAUUUCAACUCAGUCAGUCUCUCUUACUGUUGAGAGUUAGAAUUAUACAAUACACAAGGUGCAAUUUCAUGAUGAGUUCCGUUUUUGUGGCCCCCACCCCAAUCAAGUUGCCAAUCCCUGUUCUAGGUAAAGACAGCCCCUGAGACACCUUGGCUCAUUCUCAACAGAUAGGCUCCCUAAAGUGGAGUUGUUUACUGUGUGUGUGCAUGCUGGUGUGCACGUGUGUGUGACAAAUGUACCAUGUGUGUGUCCCUGGCAGGUAUCCCUGACAGCAGUGUGGAGGAUGCUUCUGUGGCCAGGGCUCUGGGUCUGAGCUGGAGCCCAGUCCUGAAGAGCCAGGAGGAUGGAACGCACACACUGCUCAACUCUGCUGAGGUCUGUUUGGACACACAGCAACACACACUGUCACUCUACACAACGUUACCAGUAAACCAGCUUUUCAGUCAUUAUACAGAUUGUUGUAUGCCACUCAGACAUUGCUCGUCCUAAUAUUUAUAUAUUACUUAAUUCCAUUCUUUUACUUUUAGAUUUGUAUGUAUUGUUGUGAAUGGUUAGAUACUGCUGCACUGUUGGAGCUUGGAACACAAGCAUUUCGCUACACCCGCAAUAACAUCUGCUAAAUAUGUGUAUGUGACCAAUAAAAUGUGAUUUGAUUUGAUUUUAUGGUUAUUAAUGGAAGACCCCUAUUUAUGGUUGAAUUAAGUAUUGGCAAGUAGCUGAGUUUUGUUGAAUUCAUGUGUGUUUGAGCUUCUAAACUGUCGUCCUGUUCUCUCUCCAUCUAUCCACCUCUUCUGUGUAGUUCACAGGCCUCAGCAGGGAGGAGGCUUUUGACUCCAUUACCCAGAAGGCCAGAGAGAGAAAAGUGGGUGGCCACCUGACCAGCUCCAAGCUCAGGGAUUGGCUUAUUUCCCGGCAGCGGUACUGGGGAACGCCCAUCCCCAUGGUGCAUUGUGGGUCUUGUGGUCCUGUGGCGGUCCCUGAGGAUCAACUUCCAGUCACCCUGCCCAAACUACUGUCCCUUACGGGGAAGGGGGCAUCCCCUCUGGAGCAUGCUGAUGACUGGAUCAGCUGUACCUGUCCCAGGUGAGAACACUGACACUGAGUGAGGUGUGAGAACACUUUAGUUGGAUCCCAAAUGGCACUCUAUUCCCUAUGUAGCGCACUGCUCUUGACCAGGGCCUAUCGGCCUGGGUCAGAAUUUAAUGCCAUCUGAUCAAAUGUCCAGUUUGGAUGUGAAUACUGGUACUGUAAGUUGGACUGCAAGUUCAUAGCUAGUUCACAAACAUAAGUGAGUUCACUUUAUUCCACUUAUAUUAAAAUCAAAUCAUUUUUUUCAAGGUCGCAUAUCUUUCUCAAUAGUUAGUCAGCGACUCUCUCUCUUGCUCUUAGGUUCAAGCAAUUAUUUCUGGUGCUUUCAGUUUUCUACCCUAUCAGUUCUCCCUUUCUGCCUGUACUAAAAGUCAGGAUAAAUGAGUCCAAGGCCAGAUCAGCUUUGAGUGCUGACACCCUCCAAGUGAGUUCAGAGAGUACACAGGAUGCAUCCCAAAUGCAACCCUAUUCCCUAAAUAGUGCACUACUUUUCACCAGAGCCAUAUGGGUCAUGGUCAAAAGAAGUGCACUAUAAAGUGAAUAGGGUGCCAUUACGGAUGCAUCCUGUGUACUCUCUGAACUUACAGAGAGGGUGUCAGUACUCAAAGCUGAUCUAGCCUUGGACUCAUUUAUCCAGAUUUGUAGUACAUUCAACCACUAUGUAUUGAGGAUAUGAAUACCGGCAGCAAAUGUUUUAAUACACAGGGACCAGGGUUAUGUAAUCAGUGACAGAUGUCGCAGUGGUUAUAUAAACCAGCUGAGGCCUACAUGCCGGGCAUGUCUGCUCUUCCACCACACACACACACACGCACGCACGCACACACGCACACACGACCAGGGUUAUGUAAUCAGUGACAGAUGUCACAGUGGUUAUAUAAACCAGCUGGGGCCUACAUGCCGGGCAUGUCUGCGCUUCCGACAGACAGACAGACAGACAGACUGUCUGUCUGUCUGUCUGUCUGUCUGUCUGUCUGUCUGUCUGUCUGUCUGUCUGUCUGUCUGUCUGUCUGUCUGUCAGUCAGUAACUGUCAAUUAAAUAUGUGAAAAUGCUCCCUGCUGCUCGUUAAACGGCGGCUGCAUCCCAGAUGGCACCCUAUUUCCUAUAUGGUGCACUACUUUGACCAAGGCCACAGGGCAAACCCAGCUUCUCAUGACGAAGACCCUUACCAACACAGGAUUUCUUCAUGGGGAGAUUCCUCCUUGAAAAUAAUAAUAGUUCCAUGAUUGGAAGUGGAAUUGUGGUACAGUAACUAGGAAAUGCUGUUUCAACAGCUCAGCCAGACCGUCAUACAGAGAGAGAGAUGGGGUCGUCUGGUCUGACGGCUAGAUCCAGAGACGGUCUCCUCCUCCUCUUCCGUGUCUCUCCAUCUCUUGUUGACGGCGUCGGAGGAAAUUCGCUCUCUUAACUUAACGAUCAUGUCCAAUUAACCGUGUACAGAAACUGUUUGAUGGGAGAUGGUGGGGGAGAUGGAGUUUUAACUGUCUGUCUCGUCCUUGAGAAGUAAUUUCCUCCACCGCUGAUAUUGUCUCUGCUCCUCUGCUCCCUGUCUGCCUACUGCUGUGAAUUGGCCUGCUCCCUGUCUGCCUACUGCUGUGAAUUGGCCACUCAGUUGAACCCUGUGUGUGAUUAGUCCAGCUAGCUUGCAACGCCAGGAUAGUGGUUUUGAUUCCUGUUUUGGCUUGCCUGGUGACAUCACCAGGCGGUAUAAGUUAAUAGACCAAUAACAAAGAGAGUUCCAAACCUCUCUGCCAAUAACAGCUAGUUAUCAGGUUACAUAUCUCUCCCAUUAGGCCCCCUCCAACUAGGUCCCUCACUCCCAUACAGUCGUAGCUAGAUUCUUGCUUGAGAAAUAAUUUGUUGCUAAAAAAGCAAUUUUUGUUUAUUUUUGACCAUUUGAAUGCAAAACUAUUACAGUAAGGUACUUCAUUGUUCUUGCUUCUGAUGCCACAUCUGUUUGAGAGGCUUCUGCCCCAAUCUGGCAUGCACACGCCCGCAAUGCACUUUCAGUUUCAUUUUGCUAUCUGGUUGAAAUUGUAGCUCUGAAAUCAGCCUAUAUACAGCAGGACAGGACAGAACCAUAGUCAUAGAUAGCACGUGUCCAGGCAAUCACAGCCCCCCAGGAGUCUGAAACUGUCCGUCUGUCAAAUGACAAUCUGGACCCUGAAUGGUCGAUCAGAGAGAGGGAAAACCACAGGGGAGUGGUGUACAGCCUCAUGGAAUUCUUGGAAUACUAUAAUGCCUCUGUUCUGUGUGGGUUUUCCAUUUAUUUAGCUAUUUUGUCAUGAAAGGCACUUUGGUAUGGUUUUGAUCUCAUGAAAUGGCACCUGGGUAUUAACCUGCUACACCUUAGCCUUGUUGCUAAGCAACCCCUCUGCCUUAUUAUAGACUGGCAGGGUGUGUGUGUGUGUGUGUGUGUGUGUGUGAGUGAUUGUUUGUGAAGAGGAGUAAUCUCACCUUCAGAAUAAAAGUGUGAACGUGCGUGGAUAUGCUUGUGUGUGACAAUAAAAACGUCAUGCUACAGGGGACCAGGUAUGGUGCUGUAGUGUUGUUCUCUAGUGUUGCUGUUUAUCUUCCUGGCAUGGUGAUUCUGACUGGGUGGUUGUAUUCUAUGGAGACUCAUUAAACAGUGAGAGGCAGACAUUCUCAGUUCCAGUGUGCAUGUUGAAAGUCAUCGCAUUUGCCAGUGUCCUGUGUUGCUCUCUCAGUGAGGCUGACAGAUGAGCAGUGUGUACAGAGAGCUCUGUUUGGAUUGGAUGAAAAGGGCCUGGGAUAUUACUUCCAACAGACGCGCGCACACACACACACACACACACCAAGCUGGCGCAUACACACACCCACCCACCAAGCUGACAUGGUGCUGGCCGGUUUUGUGUCCCUCUGGCAGUGCUAUUUAGUCAGAGCACAGGAGCAGGGCUCUGAUGGCUGUGUAGUGUAGUGGUUCCAGCCUGACUGUGGCAUCUCCAGGGGACAUGACCUCCACAGACAGAUGGUUCCAGCUCACAUUAGAUACACACUACACAGGCCAGUCCUCUGGACACUUUAUGCCUACAAACUAAACUAACAAAGUCAUUUCACAAUAGGACAAUGGAGGAGACGUUUCAUUUCUAAAAUAACUGCGCACUUACCUAUUUCAUGUGCCACUAUGAAUAAGAAACGGUGAUUCAAACCAGAUAGCUAGCUACAUGACAAAUAUCCACCAAGACUUGAGCCGUGUCAUAUUCAAUCAUUAUACUGUUAUUGACAUUUGGAGUCAUAUCUCCUGCCAGCGCCAACUCCCUCCUGUGGAAAUUAGGUUAAAGCGCUAACUGUUACAUUUGUUGCAGUGUUUAAAUGCACUUUAAAUAAAGUUUGUUCUGAUUCUAUUUGGCCUCUCUCUCCUGUUGUCUUGUCAGGUGUAAAAGGCCGGCCAGAAGGGAGACCGACACCAUGGACACAUUUGUGGACUCAUCCUGGUACUAUUUCAGAUACACUGACCCCCACAACCAAGACAGGUGAGAUACACUGACCCCCACAACCAAGACAGGUGUGAUACACUGACCCCCACAACCAAGACAGGUGUGAUACACUGACCCCCACAACCAAGACAGGUGAGAUACACUGACCCCCACAACCAAGACAGGUGAGAUACACUGACCCCCACAACCAAGACAGGUGAGAUACACUGACUCCCACAACCAAGACAGGUGAGAUACACUGACCCCCACAACCAAGACAAGUGAGAUACACUGACCCCCACAACCAAGACAAGUGAGAUACACUGACCCCCACAACCAAGACAAGUGAGAUACACUGACCCCCACAACCAAGACAGGUGUGAUACACUGACCCCCACAACCAAGACAGGUGAGAUACACUGACCCCCACAACCAAGACAGGUGUGAUACACUGACCCCCACAACCAAGACAGGUGUGAUACACUGACCCCCACAACCAAGACAGGUGAGAUACACUGACCCCCACAACCAAGACAGGUGUGAUACACUGACCCCCACAACCAAGACAGGUGUGAUACACUGAACCCCACAACCAAGACAGGUGAGAUACACUGACCCCCACAACCAAGACAGGUGAGAUACACUGACUCCCACAACCAAGACAAGUGAGAUACACUGACCCCCACAACCAAGACAAGUGAGAUACACUGACCCCCACAACCAAGACAGGUGUGAUACACUGACCCCCACAACCAAGACAGGUGAGAUACACUGACUCCCACAACCAAGACAGGUGUGAUACACUGACCCCCACAACCAAGACAGGUGUGAUACACUGACCCCCACAACCAAGACAGGUGAGAUACACUGACUCCCACAACCAAGACAGGUGUGAUACACUGACCCCCACAACCAAGACAGGUGAGAUACACUGACCCCCACAACCAAGACAAGUGACCUGGGAUUUUCUCUGUCUGUAGUAUCUCUCUUCGUCUGUCUGUAGUAUCUCUCUCUGUUUGUCUUAUCUAUCUAUGUUCCUAUCCCCCCCAAAAUAUAAUGUCUCCUUUUAAAUCAGUCAGUACCAGGUCCUACAACAUGAAAGAGGGGUAGCGAGUGGGAGAGUGUUGUAGGACCUUGUACUGAUUGAUUUAAAAGGAAAGAUUAGAGACUAUAUUUUUGGGGACUGUUCCAAAAUGAAACAGCAGUAGAGACAAAAGUCAUCUUAGGUAAUCUACUCUCCACCAGUGAUGUUCCAACUGUUUUGUAGACAAAGAGAAUCUAGACAAACAUUACAAAUGUAAUAUGCAUUGUCUAUUUAAUCACUGACAAAUGUUUUUUCCUCUCACACAUCAGCACACCAUUUUACACUUCCUCUCAAACAGUACAUUUCAUACACACGCAAACACGCACACACACCGUUAACUUGUAUUCCCUGCUGAUGGAGAUUAUAAACUCCUGGCCGUUAGCUGCUGGGGCUGUGGCAAUACCCAGAGCUUUAACGAAAUAUAUUCAUUUCCCAAUGGCAGGACUUGUCCCUCCUCCACUGACCUUGCUGGGUAAAUCCAUUUCAAUUCAAUCACUUUUUGACAGCACACGUUUUGAUUCGAACCAAACCUUCCAUACAUAGAAGUGCUCAGACAGACUUUUUGGACCUGAAUGCCAAAACAUUCAAGAGAUUAAGGUGCUCAAAGUUGACCGGUUUUGCAUACCCCACCAUACCAUGAGACAUCCAAGUCUUCAUCACUGGAGAAGAUAAACGGUUGGGAUUGAUAUAAUUUAAAAGCUUAGAAACAGGGUUGUCAAACUAUUUUAUAAUUUAUGGAAAAAAUGUUUUUCAAUUAGAAUUGUCAUUUUUUUCAUAUUCGCAUAUGUUGUAGCUUAUUUGACAUCAUCUAAAGUUUUUGUGUUGUGCCCUCCAUCCGUUGAGACACAACAUGCUCUUGAAUACAGGGUGGGUGUCAUGUUUUGGCUGAUAAAUGUACUAAAAUGGGCGGUCAUCUUUGUGGUAGUAAUUAAAGUUAAAAUGUCAAUUCAAUUUCAUUUUCAAUGGUGUACCAGUUACAUUGCAGUGGUCUGAAGAAAUUGGUCCAUUCUAGGAAUUCUAUUUCUAUGAUUGAAAUUAAAUCCACCCUGUAUUCAAGAGUAUGUUGUGUCUCAACCGAUGGUGGGCACAACACAAAAACCUCAGAUGAUUUGAAAUAUGCUCUGAGCUACAACAUAUGUGAAUAUGAAAAAACAUCUGAGUUUACAUGUUUUUAGAUAAUUUACUUAAAGGUUUAAAAAUGACAUAAUUAAAAAACAGAUUAUUUUUUCAAGAAAUAAUAAAAUAGUUUGACAACAGUUUGUAAGCUUUUACAUUAUAUCAAACUCAACCAUUUAUCUUUUCCAGUGAUGAAGACAUGGAUGUCUCAUGGUAUGGUGGGGUAUGCAAAAUGGGUCAACUUUGAGCACCUGUUUUGGCAUUCAGGUCCAAAAAGUCACUUUCUGACCACUUCUGUGCCGGGCAAACAUGUAUGGAAAGAUUUGUUUAAAGCAAAAUGGAUGCUGUCAAAAAGGGAUUGAAUUCAAAUGGAUUUACCCUGCUGUAAAGCUGCUUUAAGAGGGUGCUGGCCUCUCCCUCUUUUAUUUCUUAGCUGGACAGAUUAUGCUGUAACUGAAAAAGCAAUUAAACUGUUUGAGCAUCCUGUUGGCUUGCUGUGGCCUGGGCUGGGGUUUUGGUAGGGUGGGGGCCAACGAGAGGUUAGUGUGUUUGUAUUUGUGUGUGCGCGGGUGUGCAUGUGCAUGUGUUUUUGGCCUGACGCCAGCACACAGAGAGAGGGUAAGUCAUUUUCUGCCCAGUGAGUCUAACUCGUUUAGCCAGUUCAAUUAUCCUGAGACAUCAUCCACUGGCAGAGAGGACUGUGUGUACUGUGUAAGGUGACACACACACACAGUGAUAUAACACUAUGUAAGGAGCAUUGGGAGUUUUGAGCCGAAGUACAGUGUUUUCCCAGCCAGCCAAACUAACGUCUUCCAUCCUCUUCUUCAUUGUUGUCUGGUGACUUGGUCAGAUUUACAACCAGACCAUUCCUAUCUGAACGAUCUAUCUGAGAGGGAGGGUUAUCUCACCUCACCUUUCCUCUCCUCUCUGAGCUCUGAAUACACAUUAUCAGGAUAUACAUUUUUGUUUGUGUGUGUGUGUGUGUGUAUGCAUACGUGUGUGUGUGUAUGCAUGCGUGUGUGUGUAUGCAUGCGUGUGUGUGUGCCUUCAGGAGGAUGCCCCUGGUCUGACUGGUGGGAUAGAUGCUAUUAUAGUAGCUAACUAUGCUAGCCUGCAUAAGGCCCAGGCUGCCACCUAGAGGAUAUAUCUACACAUAAUAUCAAAGACCAGACACCUUACACAUGAUGUAGUCAUAUUUACUAUAACAGCUUCUAUAGUUGAGCUACUUGUUAUAUUGGUGCAUUCCUUCCCAUGAUUAUUAUUCUCUCACGAUACUGUAUUUAUUUAUUUUUUAAGAACUAAUUGUUCAUAGACAGAAAACACCAAAUAUAAAUUGGAGUGAUAACAGUUUACUUCACUCAAACUAACUUGUGCCCCCCUCUCUCCACCCCAGGCCUUUUGAGCGCUCCCUGGCAGACCACUGGCUUCCUGUGGACGUGUACAUUGGGGGGAAGGAGCAUGCUGUUAUGCACCUGUACUACGCACGCUUCCUCAGUCAUUUCUGUAGGGAUCAGGGCUUAGUGGAACACAGGUACAGCAACUAUUGUUCACUAGUCUAUAUCAAUUGAACUAUUGUCCCAAAAUGUUGUACCCACUUAGGGGUGAAUCCUAACUUCCAAUGAAGUCGAAUUUUCACUUAGUCUCCCAUUGACAUUGAAAACUGAAGAAGGCACCAUUGCCAAAACGUCUUUGUAACGUUUGUAUAAUUAUCCCCUGCAGAAAGAAAAAUGUUAAAAACGGCAAAAUGAAGUAAGCUCUUUGAAUGUCCACUCCAGGGAGCCUUUCAAGAAGCUGCUGGUGCAGGGCCUCAUCAAGGGCCAGACGUUUAGAGCUGCGGACAGCGGACAGUACCUGAAGAGAGACGAUAUCGACUUCACAGGUGGGCACAGCAGGGUGGAGACUUCACACGCCAGCAUUCACAGGUUCGAGUUAGUAGACAUCCCUCCCAGAUGGCUUCCUGAGGUUUGCGCAGAAGUUUUUCCUGGUCAGGUCCUAUAAGAAAGAAUUGAGGAGGACCACCUUAACCCUUAGCCUAUAAUUUCUGCGUCCCCGCGGAAACAAAUCCCCAUCAAAAUCCAUCUGUUUAAGCUAGAGAUUUCUGUUUUUUUGCAUAGCAAUCCACCGCAUCUGCUGAAAUUGCCCUUCCGCAUCUGCAGUGGAAGGUGGCAGAGCUAGAGAGGUGUUUGUCAGACCAUGAGACAUCCCGACAAUCGGUCUUCUCACGACAACGUCUGUAGCGUCUGAACGGUUUGGCCUACAAACUAUUAUGACCACUCUAUGAUGAGACUCUCAGGAACACGGUGGUGUUCUUCAUUUUGCUCUAAGACACUCACAAGCCUCACAAGACUUGUCUGAAGGUCCCCGGUACCAGUUUUAAAAAAUGUAUGAAAGUAUACAGUAUAUGGAAAUAUUUUAGUGCCUAAAAUAAGGGGAUAAAUACAUGUAAAAACAAUUACAAAAUAAUUUCCUUUCCUGAUCUUUCUUAUAUGUCACAGAUAUAGAACAGACACUUGAAAACAAACUUCCUUUUUUAUUUUUGGGGGGGGGACUAUCUCUUUUUCCAUGUAGUGAAUCUGUUAUUCAAUGCGUUUCUAUUGGCUAAUAGCAGUAAUGCCAAAUUCAAUGUUACAUCCCAAUUAUUAUUAUUAUUAUUAUUAUUUAAUUUUUUUAUACCUUAAGGGGUCUUAAAAUUCCAAAUCAAAUAGCUAAAUGAUCCUUGGUAUGAGCAUCUUAAAACAAUUCCAUAUGUUAGCUUAGAACCCCCCCCCCCCAGCUUAGAAAGGUCUUAGACUCUAGAGGGUUAAAAGCCAUAUUUUUCUUAUUUUCGUUCUCUUUCUCUGACUGUUUUUCUGGAUUUUUUAGUACCUUUUCUCUUCCCGUUGCUUGGCAACUGGGUAAACACGGACACUGGCUCCGUUCAUAGAGGUGAGGCUUUAUAUCACUCUGUCUGAGAGCUUCCACACUGGACACACACACACCGAUGUGUUCUAGCCCUCAGUAAACAGACUGAUCAAGGAAUUUACUGAAAGAUCGUUCCUGUCUGUCUGUUUGUCAGGAGGCCUUAUUUUUUUUAAGUGGCUUAGUUUUUUUAUUUGUACUAUUUUUCUUCUACUGUCAGUAUUUGCUUUUUACAUAUACCUGCAGGCAAAUCUGCAAUGGCACCCUAUAUUGUGCACUACAAAAGUAGUAAUAGAGUGCCAUUUCAGACAGGACCAGUCUGCUGGAGAUAUAUAGAGGUGUCCAGUGCUAACCAUUGCCUUGUCCCCUGUGUCAGGUGAGGAGCCGGUGCUGGUGGGUAGCAAGGCCGGGCUGCAGGUGACGUGGGAGAAGAUGUCCAAGUCGAAACACAACGGCCUGGACCCUCAGGAGGUGGUGCAACAGUAUGGCAUCGACACUGUCCGCCUUUACAUCCUCUACGCUGCUCCCCCUGAACAGGACAUCCUCUGGGACGUCAAGAGUGAGUUACACACACCCUGUGACCCCCAACCCCCACCUCUACCCAACCAACAAUAGACUGUGUGGCGUAGCAUUAUUUAUUUUGCAAUCAAAUUACUGUGUGUUGUGAGGGAGUUUAAUUAAAAGGUUUUAUUGGUCCAGUACUGAUGUUUAUCAUGUGUUUUGCCAGUCUUGUCUGUGGUGUAAUGUGUAUGUGUGUUGUCCCCUCAGCGGACGCUCUGCCCGGGGUGCUGCGGUGGCAGUCUCGUCUGUGGGGGCUGGUGACCAAGCUGAGGGGGGCUCGGCAGGACGGGGAUGUCCCCAACACCUUGUUGCUGAAGAGGAAGGAGCAGGCAGAGGCCAGGAAAAUCUGGGAGAACAAGAACUAUGCUGUGGAACAGGUAGAAUGUCCAUACUACAUAUCAACACCCUCAGAAUGUUACUGAACAUUCCUAAACACAGAGAAGUCGUGGUUUCAUUAUUCUCUUGUUAGGGUUGUACUACCCACCUUUACCAGUAGGUGUCACUAACUGCAGUCACUGUAGAUGACUGAAACUGCCUUGUCAUACUCAGACCUAAUACCUGAAUAUGUAAAUGCAUUGAAUAUUUGUAUCAUCCAAGUCUUCUUAUGUGUGACAUCUGAAAUGGGUAUUUGUCAUACCAGUAUUAGUCUCUCUCUUAUGUUCCCGCUGCAGAGCUUGUCAUCAAAUGUUCAAUUAGUGCUGCAGGUUUCACUUGAAGUGUGAAGAUGACACUGUGUUAACUAUAGCACCUUAUCGUAUUCCAUGAGGAAUUCUAGGCUUCGCCCAUACUAUGCAUUUUAGCCUCAGCGUUGCAUAACAGGAGAAGCUGCUGUUGUCAUUUCAUCCUGGGAUCUAUAUGGUAACCUGAGACCACAGUCAGGUCUGGUAGCCCAGAGCAGCCUAGCGGGUAUAAGGAGAAUGGAAAUUGAUUUGAAAUCCAAUAGUGACGUUUUCACACUUUAUAAAUAGCUGGCAUCUGUUCCGACUCCCUCAGUGCGGUCGGUGGGGUUUGAUUCUCUUCUCGCCCUUCAUAGUCUGUGCUGUUAAAGGGCUCUGUGCGUGUUUGCGUGUGUAUGGCCCGGCCCACCCUAAGGCCCCCCCCCCCCCCCCCCCAAAGCCACGGCCAUCCUUUGAUCUGCCCUCUGUCUUUGACCUCCUCCCAAAAGCCCGUCCCAAAAGGGUUCUCCUUCCCAGAACAUUUACAUUUACGUCAUUUAGCAGACAGAGGGCAUUAUCCAGAGCGACUUACAGGAGCAAUUAGGGUUAAGUGCCUUGCUCAAGGGCACAUCGACAGAUUUUUCACCUAGUUGGCUCGGGGAUUAGAACCAGCAACCUUUCGGUUACUGGCACAACGCUCUUACCCACUAAGCUACCUGCCACUUAGCUGUGGAAUGUUCACAUGCACAGCCUUCUUGUUUUUAAACACAUUGUGAGCCAACCAGUUAUCAGAACCAUGUAUAGUGAUGACAUGGAGAACAAGCUUUUAUCCUCUGGUCCUAUUGUUGUUUUCCAUUCAUCACCAUGAACCAUCACAGGCAGCUGGGAGGUCCUCCCUGAUACUAUCCCUUACCAUAUGGAAACAUUGUUUUACUGAAGCAUUGGAGGAGAAAGGAGAGAGGGAGAGAGUGAGAGCAGAGUGUGUGAUAGUUAAAGCUUUGUAGAAGAGUGGGUUGUUCAUUCAGGCGGUUGAUCAGUCAGUCAGUGAGAGAGAGAGAGAGACACACACAGAGAGAGAGACAGUAUGGCUGGAUAUGAUGCCACUGUGACCAACUUGUCUUGUGUUUCCAGGUCACAGGUCACUUCACAGAGGACUUCCUCCUGAAUGCAGCCAUUUCUCGACUCAUGGGACUCACCAACACACUCUCUGUGAGUGGACACUGUGUGUGUGUGUGUGUGUGUGUGUGUGUGUGUGUGUGUGUGUGUGUGUGCGUUCGAUCUGACCUCUGACAUCUUUCUCUGUCCCUCUCAGAACGUGUCGCCUCGCGUGCUGCUGCACAGUGUGGAGUUUGAGGAAGCUCUGGCCACUCUGUGUGUGAUGACCGCUCCCAUGGCCCCACACCUGGCCUCCGAACUGUGGGCAGGUGGGCUUCACACACACAUUGAGGAAGGGAAUGAAUGAAUAAAUAAAUAAUGGACAAUAAUAUGAAUGAUAUUAGUUUUUCAUCAAAAGAUUAAUGUGUCACAUGAUAUUUUGUCAUGUGAGUGUUGCUAUGAUGAUCCCAUCCCAGAGUGGGAAAACGAAUAGUCUACUACACUCCUAGUGAGACAGAGACCGACUGGAGAGGAGAUGAGAGGACUGUCUGGAAUGAUGAUGUGGGUUUGGAAAGAACCCAACAGGAAGUUACCUCACGGUGUCAUGUUGAUGGUGCCUCUUAUCUAACACACAAAACGCUCUGCAACGCCCUGGUGAUGUCAUCACAGUCCAAUGAGAUCAUUUGUUUGUGUGUGGUGUACCCAUGUGGAUACUUCAAGAAUCUGAGUUGAUUAACCAAAAUUGACAUGAAAACCUAUGCAGAGUCAAGGUCUAGGAGUUCAGUAUACAAUAGUUUCACACAAAUCUCCUCCAGAAUGUGAUUGUGACUAAAUAUCCCCUGACCCAAACUGAGAAUCCCAGCCCUAUCACAUGAACAAUGUAACUGAUGCUGAGUCAGGACAAAGGUUGACCAUGUGACCUGAUGGUAUAAAAAUGGCCAGAAGAGGAAGUGUGCCCCCGCACUGUCCAGUAGAACAUCCCCCUAUUGUCAAACACACAGAAACAAGCCCUCUACUGAGGGGCUGGAAAUAGGGGCUGGGAGUAGGACUGGUGAUCUGGGGCUGGGAGGACUGGGGGGCUGGGAGUAGGGGCUAGGGGACUGGGUGCUGGAAGGACUGGGGGCUUGGAGUAGGGCUAGGGGGCUAGGAGUAGGGGCUAGUGGACUGGGGCCGGGAAUAGGGGCUAGUGGACUGGGGGCUGGGAGUGAGGUGUCUAGUGGGCUAGUGGACGCUUGAGUAGGGGCUAGGGGGCUAGGAGGACUGGGGGGCUGGGAGUAGGGGCUAGUAGACUAGGGGCUGGGAGGACUGGGGGGCUGGGAGUAGGGGCUAGUGGACUGGGGGCUGGGAGUAGGGGCUAGGGGGCUGGGAGUAGGGGCUGGGAGUAGGGGGUUGGGAGGACUGGGGGCUGGGAGGAGUGGGGGGCUGGGACCGGGAGUAGGGGCAGGGAGGAGUGAGGCUUUUUGGGAAACAGGCAGGAAAAGGCAACAUCCUCCAGCUGAUAGCCACAGUCAGGGAAUCUGAGAGAUGAGCAUGGACAGGAUAAACUGUGUGUGUGUGGUUCUCGCUCGCUCGCUUUCUCUCUCUUUAUCUCUCCCUCAUAGACAGAAAGGACUAGAGUAAGUUAAUAUCCUUCCUGGAAGCCCCCUGUGGGUCACCCCCACAUUAGCAUCAGGAGGCGGUGGGUGGACAAACAGAAGGACUGUUGUUAAUCCUCGAUCUGUGCUGAGCUCUUGACAGCUUUCCUGUAAUGCUCCAUAGAGUUUUCAAAAGUGUGAAUGUCACCCAUCACAUGAGGCAUGACCAUAGAGAUUGCAGUGGUGAAGUUGUGUAAUGGCUGAUGCUGACGCUUGGAUCGUCUAGGCUGGGUGUCUGUAAAGUACUAUAAAGGGCUAUAUAAAUCAAAUGUGAUUGGUUGAUUUCUAGUUUGUGACUUGUUGUCUUCUCCUCCAUUCAGGGCUGAGCCAAGUUAGGAACCCCCUGAGCCCUCUCCUCUCCCGCGGAGGAGACGUGCUGCAGCAGCCCUGGCCCACCCCAGACCCCCAGUACCUGGAGACCCCUGAUACCCUGGAGCUGGCUGUACGGGUGAGGCUGUCACACACACACACUACCUCCCGGUACUCUACACCUUAGAGACUGCUGCCCUAUGUACAGUGCAUAGUCAUUGAACACUGGUCACUUUAAUAAUGUUCAUAUAAUGUUUAUUGUUCUGAAAUCAUUUAUUUUGAUCGCUGAGAAAUUAAGCUAAUUGAUUACUUACUUUAUAGGGACAUACUGUAUUCUCCACAUAGCUCAUCCUAUAUAACUACUGCUGUACAUACCUUCCUACUUAUACAUUGUAUAUUGUUCAAACUGUCUAUACACACCACAUAUUUAUAUUCCGGACUCUGACAUUGCUCGUUGUGAUAUUGCUCCUUUCUUCUUUUUGGAGGGUUUGUGUGUUAGUGUUGUACUGUUAGACACUUACUGCACUGCUGGAGCUAGAAACACAAGCAUUUCACUGCACCUGCUUUAACAUCUGCUGAUCUGAUUUGACACACACACCUCUCACACACUCACUACCCUGUCACUCACACACAUGCCCAUACACAUGCCAAGGCACACACGCCCCUACAGAAAAUUAUACAGACUGAAAGAAAAUUACACUCCCACACACACACAGGCAUACUCUUGUAUAUACUCAAAAUUGCACUCACACUCCCUUGAACCAAAACAGCUGUAGCCCCAUUCAUGCACUCACUCUCUUUACACAGAACCUAUGAUUAUAUGGCUUGAGAGGGAAAGUGUGUACACGUGUGUGCAUGCGUUAGCUCGUGUGUGCACGCAGCCAAGGGUGCCUAGGCAUUCAGCAGGCAGUCCAGCUGUGGUGGGCGGGGUCACAGAGUCAGCUGCUCAAAUAUCAAUAUCUCUGAGAGAUCCCUGCUGGGGGGAAUCAGAGUCCACACACACACACACCUCCAAACAUUGACUACGAUAAUGGAUCAUAGCCAGCUAAAGACUGCGCUCAUCUGAAGUAGAUGUUUUCCUCCUCUCGUGGCCUGUCCUAUGAGGGACCUGUAAUCCUUUCAACCAUACAUUAAGGAAACACAUUAACACACAUUAAGGAAACACAACCGUUUGCCUUUCCACGGUACACGAUCAUCCCCCACACACAGACACAGUAACACACACAUAAACCAUUUCUCCCAUUGACCCUUUGGCACCUGUAUGAUGUAUGAUGAUGAUGCUGGUGUUGGUUGGGCUCUGGUCUGAGGCCUUGAUGUGUGUUUCCACAGCCUAGCGGUGCUAACCUCACUCUCACUGGGACUCUAAUGACAGACUGAGUCCUGGGUUAGUCCCACAGAGCAGGCCAACACACACACACACGCACACACACACACACGUGCACACAUGCACUAACUAAUAUGAGCGUAUCUUAACACACACAAAUAGAUACCGUACAUACAUACACACACACACACAUAAUACACAAACUUAUAAUUGGGAGAAAGCUUAGACUUGACCCACAGACACACACACUGAUACACAAACAUACAAAGACUGGAAAUGAGGAAUAAAGGUUCCUCCUUCUCAGCUGUAGAGGAUCUGACUGCCCAGCCCAUUUUCACCACAAGCUGGCUGUUUUUAGACAGCUCAGUUUACACACACAGUUUACUGAAAGGAGCGGAGGAAUGGCAUAUGCAUGUUCUGUAGCCCCUGAUGUAAUUAGAGAGCUUUUGGAUGCAGCCACAGCCUCCACUGAGAGUUGUCUCAGUCAGUGUACAUUAUUUAAUAUGUCUGGACCUAAGUUUGCUGUCACUCAAUGCUAACUAGCAAUGUAGAGUAUUUUAGCCAUGGGAUGGAGGUCAAAGUAUUCAGGUUUUUACUCUUAACCUUUUGGGUUUUCUUCUCUCCUCCUCCCUUCCAUUUCUCAAUUUCUCGCUCCAUCUCUCCCUUUCUCCUUUCCUCUCAGAUCAACAACAAGGUGUGUGGGACGGUGUUGGUGCCUCGACAGGUGGCCCAGGAUACGGAGCAGGUACGGGCUCUGGUUCUGGGGAGCGAGCUGGGACAGCGUCUCCUAGGAGACAGGACCAUCAAGAAGGCCAUUCUGUCCCCUAGGACCGCCCUCAUCAAUUUCCUCAUAGUUAAGUGACCACUCAGUCCUGGAUGCUGAUUGGACUGUCAUGUCAAUCAGAAGACCGCAGCCACUCACAGACUUGAAGGCGGGGACAUCAUAUGUACGGAAGGAUUUAAGACUAUUUAUUUGAACAUGAAAACAAGAACUAGUAUGAACAGACAUUUUUGUAAAACAAAUC